UUCAACUUUCUUCUUCUUAAUGGUGGUCUUUAAUUAAAUUAGCUCCAGAACGCGAAGAUUUUCAUUCCAAAAAAAUUGGUAAAACACAGUGGUUUUGUACCUGUAACUAGAGGAGACUCUUGGAAAAGGAUUAUUAUAAAAUCCAUUAUAGUAUGUCUUUUAUAAUAAAACACGUGGUGGGGGGACCGCUUAAAACACUAACUGGCGGCUUGGAGGAAGAAGAAAUUGAAGGUGAGAAGUCUGAGGGUGCAGCGAAAGGAAGAACGGAGGAGGAGUACGAGGCGAUCCAGCAGCAGAUAGUGGAUGAGAAGAAGGAGCGGGAAGUCAACUUUGCGCAGAAGAAAGCAGAACGUGCCGCUGUUAGGACUCACUUCCGAGACAAAUACAGGCUGACGCAGAAUGAUUUGGACGUGGCCCAGAUCCAGGAGGGAGGGGAGGUGCAACUGCCCACUGAUCUGGCCAAAAUGAUCGCCGAGGACAACCGAGAAGAGGAACACAAGCAGUCCAUCAUCGGCCAACUGAGCAACAUCCAGAACAUGGACCUGGACGAGCUGAAGGACAAGGCGCAGGCCAGCAUAGAGGACCUCAAGCAGUGCGCAGAGAAGUGCUCUGUCAUGUAAUCCCACCCGAAAGACACCUGCACCAUCAUGUUCCCUGACCUGCAUCCUGUAACAAAUAUCAUGAUCCUAUUUUGCCGUUUAGCAGACUGUGAUGUCUGAAAUACCACCGUAAUGCGUCUAAACUUCUCGUCUUUGUAAACUCUCUAUGGCUGAUUGUAGGACUGAGUGCUUUACAUCAGGUCUUUACUGGGAAUUUACCGUGUCACCUCACCUGCAUUGGAGAAACGUCUGCACAUACAUCACUCAUACGAAGUUGAACAUAUAGAGAAUUUUAGCUGCUUUUAAAGUACUUAUUUAUAUCACUUUGUGUAUUCAGCCUGAUUUGCCAAAGCAUAAAAUGAGUGUAUAUGUCAUCCAAACGACUUCUGCGUGGUCUUUUUGUGUCCCCUGCAUAUCAACCCACCCUCCGCCCCUUAGAUCCCACUCUAUCUCCCCAUUUUAGUAACGUUUUUGUGUUUUUAGUUGAUGUGAUAUGUGCUUUGUGCUUGUGCCGCAGGAUUAAUACUGUUGUAAUAGUUACGUGUUUGUUACUGUUUCAUACAUAGUACUUGCUCUGUCCAUAUUCAGAGUCAAUUAAAAAAGGACAUUUUUAUUUGUAGUAGCCA